UACUUUAUCAUCACUGUUAAUUAAAAGAAAAUGUGAGAAAAUAAUUUCAACACAGUUAGAAAUUUGCAAUUAAAACAGUAAAUUCUAUAAAGCCCAGAAGUAGGAAACGAAACCACAAAAUUAAUACAUACAUAUAUAAUUAGUAAUUAAAAUCAUAUUUAGUGAUAAAAACUAGCAUACGAAAUUCAAACAGUAUGUCCGAUGAAACAGCUUCGAGUACGGAUGUAGUUCGUGAAGUUAUAAAAAACAGUUUAAAAGAUAUUUCAACGAUUUUGCGACCCAAUAAUGAUGCCAGCGAUGAAGAAAAGGAAUUAACCCCCACUUCAAAUAAAGAUAAAAUUUUCGAUAUACUAAUUAAAGAAAUGUGCGGUCAUGUUAAUGACAAUUUAAGAAAUCUGUGCUACGUCAGUUGCGAGUGCGAUGAAAAAGACGUAAUGAUAAAAGAAGAAAAUUGUAUUAAACAGAUGAAAACAGAUACCAGGACUAAGAUGAAAUUGUAUACAUACUUGUUGAAAGAGUUGAGGGGACUUAAGAAGGACCCCCAUUUGAAUGUAAAGCUAUAUUUGCCAUCCGUCGAGCGAAAAUCCAAAACAACUAUGAGAGAGCGUUUAUAUUCUCCCAUUCAUAUCCCUGGUGAUGAACCAAUCGUAGUACUUGGUCAGUACAGUACCUACCUUUGUAAAUCUGAUUAUGAGAAGAUUUGCUGGAGCUCUACCCAAAGCGCAGCACGUUCACUAUGUGGACUAGUAUUUUCGCGGGAAAAAAUACUACAAACUGAUUUUAUAAAUACAUUGUUAGAACCUUAUAAAAUAGCUGAUAUUGAAUCUUGCAUACUAACUUCAACAAUUAGUCGGUCUGAAGAUAUAUUAAGAGCUAUUGCUAGAAAAUGUUAUGAUACACACAGGAGAUUUAAGAAAAGACGAAUGUACGCCAAAACAUUCUUAGAUGAUCUUUUAUAAUAAAUCUAAACUUACAAUCCUUGAUAAAUAUUAGCAAACAUACAUA